GUGGCCGCCGUCUAACGCAGUCUCUGAGGGGCAGCGAGCGCGGCGGCUGUUACGCAGUUUGCGUAGCGAGGUGGGCUGUCCGUUGGCCGGGAAGCGGAAGUUGCUCUGUGAAUGGGGAUGAGUGCGCUGUUUCUGGCUGCUUUCGCUUUGUGAGGAUCAGGAUGAGCUAUGACCGAGCGAUCACCGUGUUCUCCCCGGACGGACACCUCUUCCAGGUGGAAUACGCCCAGGAGGCCGUCAAGAAGGGCUCCACCGCGGUGAGGAACACCAUUGUCCCCGGGGCCACAAGGGCCGCCCGAGUACGGGAGGGGCCCUGGGGCCAGGGCCGCCCGAGAGCAGGGGCCACAAGGGCCGUCUGAGAGUGGGGACCCGGGGCCACAAGGGCUGCCUGAGAGUACGGGAGGGGCCCUGGGGGCCACAAGGGCUGCCUGAGAGUACGGGGGCACAAGGGGCUGUCUGAGAGCACGGGGACCCGGGGCCACAAGGGCUGUCUGAGAGCAAUGGGGACCCAGCCAAGACCUGAGACGGGGGCCCUGGGGGGCCACAAGGGCUGCCUGAGAGCACACAUGGGGUGUAGGUAGAGAAGGGCUCAUGGAGGAAACUAAUGGGGUGGUGGGAGAGUGGGGCCCCCCCAGGAGGAAAUUAAUGGGGGUAGGAGAGAGUUAUGGGGGCCCCUCAUGGGGUAGGAGGAAAUUAAUGGGGGGUAGGAGAGAGUUAUGGGGCCCCCCAUGGGGUAGGAGGAAACAAUGGGGGUAGGAGAGAGUUAUGGGGAGGUAGGAGAGAGUUAUGGGGGUGCAUUUGUCCAUUAGGUGAUGAGGAAGUUAAGUUAAAAGGGGGUGGGCUGUCCAUAAGUUGAGAGCGAAAUGGAAAACUUGCUAUGGUGUAAAAAGAAUUCAUUUCAUUGCUUUGGAGCAGGCUUCCCCAAACUCCGGCUCUCCAGAUGUUGCUAAACUACAACUCCCAUGAUUCUAUGAAUGAAAUAGAUUGGCUGAGAAUCAUGGGAGUUGUAGUUUAGCAACAUCUGGAGGGCCGGAGCGUAGGGAAGCCUGCUCUAAAGCAUAGGUAGGCAACUUUUGGCACUCCAGAUAGUGUGGACUACAUAUCACUUGAUGCUUUUCCAGCAUUAUGGCUGUAAGGGUAUUAUGGGAGUUGUAGUUGUACAGCAUCAGGAGUGCUGAAGGUUGCCUACCUCUGAUUCAUCAUAACCACUACAGCACUCUUGGUGCAUUUCUUUAAGGCAGCUGAUUUGAGAUUUCUGAAUGAUUUUGAUCCUUCACUAUAUAAAUAACAUUAAUCCUUCACUAUAUGAAUAACACAUGGUACAUGGCAGCAUUAUUCCCAUAUUGACCAACAGGUGCCCAGUUUGUUUCAUCUAAUAACCAUAGCCUCUAUUAAAAACAGUAUGAACUAAUGUGUGUAAUGGAGCUUAGUUCUCGUCUCCUAAAGUUGAGGGUGAAUACAGAUAAACCCAUGGUGAUUGCGUAAAUCGGACAUAUAAAAAGUUCCAAUGGGUUGUUAGGAUGGUUUGUGUUCCCUAAACUUCAUGUGAGUGGUGUGAUGCCCAGUAAAUGAAGGAUUACAGCUGGUUACCUAUUGUUAACUCUGACAUUUUUGUUACUUGUGAAAUGUGUGCUUUUGACACUAUGCAAUAUAUACUUCAAUGCAGGUUGGUGUCCGAGGGAAAGAGAUUGUAGUCCUUGGCGUUGAGAAGAAAUCUGUAGCCAAGCUUCAAGAUGAGAGGACAGUGCGGAAAAUCUGUGCCUUGGAUGAAAACGUGUUUAUGGCUUUUGCCGGUAAGUGGAUACUAACCGGUUCAUUGACAAAAAGUGUGGUUGAACAUGGCAGUGUGACAGACAUUGAGAUAGUGGGUGGAGUGUCACGUUCCCCAACGACUUCUCGCUGUUACCCGUAUUAUCACCGAACGAGCAAUAAGCAGAAGAAUAUCAUUCAAACUUGAGGCAUGUCAAAGUGGCAUUCACGGUCAAUGAAAACCAAUUAUAUCACUAAACUUUGACUUGUCAGGAGUUCACUAGGGAAUUGUACGUUGUUUGGUAAAAUAGGAGAACUGAAAAAAAUCCCCAAGUUGGCUUUGCUGUUUUGACCUUCAUUGUGUGGUUAAAGCUGCACGAAUACCGUCUGGAGACUUUGCAACGACCCCCGACAGCGACAUUGCCACUGGGUUUCUGGGGGCAGGAGGUUUGCUUUUCUGAGGUUUUGUUCGAUAGCUAUUUUAGUUUCACAUGGAUUUGUUAUCAGCAAGCCAACACCAGACCAUGCCUUCACCAUGCAUUGCAGUUGGAACCAGACAUUUAAACCCACAUGAUCACCUUCUCUGAGACUUGGGAAUAUUGUUGUUGGAGUCAAAUAUUUCUUUUUGCCUUUUGACUCCUAAGUCCGGAGCAUCAGUGGGUUGCCCUUAGCCAUUAAGUAAUGUUCAAAGUUGAUAUGAGCUGGUAUUAUAAUGCUCUUCUAGAGCCUGGAGGAGCCUCCUGUGUGUGAUUAAAGUUCAAUUUAUAGAGCAGGAGAUAAAAACUCCCAAAGUCAGUUCACAUUUGAUUGAAAAUUAAACCAUAUUUAUUUCAUGCAAGCUGUGUCAAUCAAAGCCAUGGGAGGUGUGGCUAGUAGGAAUCAACCGAUUAUCGGUAUCAGCCAAUAGAGAUACCGAUAUUGCCGAUAAUACAUACCAGGACUGCCGGGCCCAUUACAAGCCUGGUGGUCCUGGAGGGCCCACAGCAAGCGCUUACUUCCUUCCCUUCAGCUCCCCUGACUAAAUUUCGCUGGUUCCGCGGCAUUCAGAUAGUUGCCACAAUGCUGAAGGGAGCUGCUGGGCACCCACUGUACUUUCCAUGCCACCGGACCACCAGGGAAUGCCAUAACCCUUCUCCCUGGUAAGAAGGGGGGAGCUAAAAAAAUAAAUUAAAACAUUUAAAUAUUAAAAAUAAAAAUGCCCCUCUCUCUACACAAACACACACUCUACAUUAUAUACACACUUCAUUCACUAUACACACACUACACACACACUGCAUUCACUGUACACACACUACACAAACACACACACUCUGCAUUCAUUAUAUAUACACACUACACAUACACUCACUGCAUUCACUAUACACACUGCAUUCAUUAUAUACACACUGCAUCCACUACACAAACAUACACAGCUCCCCUGUCUAAACACACUGCAUCCACUACAUGUGGCAUGUAUAUUUUGUGCAUUUACCUUUAGAAAUAGUUUAUUUUUUCAAAAUGGUAAAUGUACAGAAGAUUGGCAAGUUAUCGGCUAUCUGCCUGAAAGUUCACAGAUUAUCAGUAUCGGCUCUAAAAAAAAUCAAUAUCGGUCGAUCCCUAGUGGUUAGUGCUGCAUAAACAUAAACAAAAGUAAUUUAAAAGAACACUAUAGUCACCUAAACAACUUUAGCUUAAUGAAGCGGUUUUCAAGUAUAGAUCAUGCCUCUCAGGUUUUACUGCUCAAUUCACUGCCAUUUAGGAGUUAAAUCACUUUGUUUCUGUUUAUGCAGCCUUUGCCACACCUCCCCUGGCUCUGAUUGACAGAGCCUGCAUGAAAAAAAAGUUUCACUUUCAAUCAGUUGUAAUUUACCUUAAACAAUUUGAUCUCUUGCUCUGUAAAUUGAACUUUAAUCGCAUACAGGAGGCUCCUGCAGGGGAUAAGAAAAUCUAAAUUAAACAGAACUUGCAAUAUAGGAAGGAUAAACAUUAGAUGACUCUUUACAGGAAGUGUUUAGGAAGGCUGUGCAAGUCACAUGCAGGGAGGUGUGACUAGGGUUCAUAAACAAAGGGAUUUAACUCCUAAAUGGCAGAGAAUUGAGCAGUGAGGCUGCAGGGGCAUGAUCUAUACACCAAAACUACUUCAUUAAGCCAAAGUUGUUUUGGUGACUAUAGUGUCCCUUUAAAUUUGGCAUAGAUUGGUGUUUAAUACCUUAGGUUGUCUUCUUUUAAAAAAUAUAUUCAUGUGAAGGGAUAUUCAGGGAUUCCUGACAGAUAUCAGGUUUACAAUGUAAUUUGCGUUCAUUUUUGUUUAAAAAACAAAAUGGUUUGUAAAUACCAAAGUGCCAUUUGUACUUAUUGCCCUAUAAUUUAAAAAAUAAAUAAAUAAAUAAAAAAAAAGCUAAGAACUUGUUAACAUUGGGUAUUUCUAAAUUCAGGACAAAAUUUAGAAAAUAACACGGGUGUUUUUUGGCGGUAGUAGAUGCAUAACAGAUUUUGGGGGUCAAAGUUAGAAAUAGUGUGUUUUUAUUUUAUUUUUUUUGUUUUUUACAUUUCGUCAUAUUUUAUAAUUUUGUUUUUAUAGUAAAUUAUAUGAUGAAAAUGAUAUCUUUAGAAAGGUCAUUUAUUGACAAGAAAAACUGUAUAUUAUAUGUGUGGGUACAGAAACAGAGUAAGAGGAAAAUUACAGCUAAACAUGAACACCUCAGAAAUGUAAAAAAAGCCCUGGUCCUUAACGGUAAGAAAAUUGAAAAACAGUCUGGUCACUAUGGGGUUAAACAUACAGGAGGCUCCUGCAGGGUCUAGCAAACUAUUAACAUAGCAGAAGAUAAGAAAUUCUAAAUGAAACAGAAUUUGCAAUAAAGGAAUUGUAAACAUUGGCUGACUCUUUACAGGAAGUGUUUAGAAAGGCUGUGUAAGUCACAUGCAGGUAUUUAUUACUACGGUUGUAAAAACAAAGUGAUUUAACUCUUAAAUGGCAGAUUUUAGCAAUGAGACUUUAAGGGUAGGAUCUAUACACCAAAACUGCUUCAUUAAGCUGAAGGUGUUUUGGUGACUAUACUGUCCAUUUAAUAUCACAGAUUUGCUUGAAAAGCCUGAUCGAUAGCUGUGUGCUGAUAACUGAUCUUGUACAGUGUGUCUAUAUUGUUGGUGUUUUGUUUUUACACAUUUGGACUAUAAUAAAGUGUGAAAUGAUAACUAUUAAUAAGUAUUUAUCUCAGAAAAUAGCCUGGGAAUAGGCUUUAGACUGAGUAAAUCUUGAUUUGCCUGUUAGGAUUUGUUCUAAUCACACACUUUGUGCUCAGGUCUCACAGCUGAUGCCCGUAUUGUUAUAAACCGUGCCCGUGUUGAAUGUCAAAGUCACAGACUCACAGUGGAGGAUCCAGUGACUGUGGAAUAUAUCACGCGGUAUAUAGCCAGUUUGAAACAGGUAAGAGACAAUGCUGCUGUGUUCACUGAUUGUUAAUUUCUUAUGAGGGAAGGGGGGGGUCUGCACGGUAGUAUGCUAGUUCAGCCGAGGGUUUAGGGAUACCUAUAAAAGUACAUCAGGAUUUUAGUCUAAUUCUGCCCCAAAGAACUAGUUUUUCAUAGUGUCUAUUAAUUAAAUUAUCAUUUUAAAUGGGAAGAGGUAUUUUUCCAUGGCUGGUGCAGUUACGAACAGGCUAAGGUGUUUUUUUUUCCGUGGCUUACAUGAGGUUUAUGUCCUCAGCGUUACACUCAGAGCAAUGGCCGUCGUCCUUUUGGAAUAUCCGCUCUGAUUGUGGGUUUUGACUUUGAUGGGACUCCUCGUCUCUACCAGACUGAUCCCUCUGGAACCUACCAUGCUUGGAAGGUAAGGAAGCAUUGGGCUUUGUCAGUCUUUUCACGGGUGGUGUCAGUGUGUAUCAUGUAUGCCUGAUGUGUCUGCCUAACAUGUCCCCACUCAGGCCAAUGCAAUUGGCAGAGGCGCUAAAUCUGUGCGUGAGUUCCUAGAGAAGCACUACACCGAGGAAGCCAUUGAAACAGAUGAUCUGACCAUUAAACUCGUCAUUAAGGCUCUGCUAGAAGUAAGUGAUUUGUGUCAAUAUUUGCUGUUCACUCUACAUCUUCACUUUGUACUAACUGUGAUUCCAUGCGUGCUCAUUCUUAUUACCAUUACAACACACACAGACCACUGGUGGUUUAAAGAACCUUUUCUGUAUUCCUAAAGCUAAAAUCUUCUCUGCGUGUAGUUUAAGGACCUUCCUCUGAAUAAAACACGUGGGGGGGGAAAUGGUGUAACUCACUAUUUUUUAUUGCAGUGCAAUCCAUUCCAUGCAGCCGUUCAAUCCGCCUCCUGUGGGGUCACUCCUAUUCUUCUCUUCCUUCCAAUCUAAUUCCCUCAUAUAGGAGCAUUGGAGAUGAGAAGCACAUGAGCGUCCUGUCCUGCACUCCUCCAUGAUUUGGAGGUUUGCAGUGAGAGCAGAGUUUGAUGCGGAGGUGCCUUUAGUGACUGUCAGGAAGAUAGCCGCUAAAGAUGUGUUUAACCCUCCAAUGUAAACAUUUCUGUAUUUACUACAGGGUUAAAACUAAAGGACCACUGCACCCAAACUACCUCAUGGAGAUGAAGUGAUAUGAGUGACUUUAGCGAUAUUUAAGGAAGCACUGUGUAAUCUGUAUAGACAGAACUCCUUACAUUAUACUUCUUAUUCCUGUAAUAUUUCUAAACAAAGGUUUCUUGUAUCUAGUGUGCUAGAUUUGAAAUACAUGGGAAACGUUCCAUUAUAUAACCAUGCUGUGCUUUUAUAGGUCGUUCAAUCCGGGGGUAAAAACGUGGAGUUAGCAGUAAUGAGAAGAGAUCAGCCACUAAAGGUAAGUUUCAGACUAGAGUUAUAACAUUACAGAAUCAUCUUACUAAAGUUAAUAUUUUAUCAACAGUAAAAUGUAAAAGGGAGUUAUAUUCUGACUACACAGCUACUAGCCAGGCAUCAAAAGUAACUAGCCACUGCAAGUCAUAGCAUACCGUCCUCUGGGCUAUAUUUUGCCUCACCAAAGGAGAGUCUCUUUAGGUUCAAUAGUUUUCUACCUCCGUGCUAUACUGCAGUCGGUUACCUCUCACAUUUAAAACCCUCAAACUAGCCAAUUCCUGCACCAGUUGCACGCCAACAAAGAAUUAAAAAGAUAAUAUCAGGUUCUCAGGUGUGUCAUGGGAAGUAGUAUUUUUAGCAAAGGUGACUAAACUCCAAUGAAACAAAUGUAUAAUUAAAAGAAUGUAUGUUUUCAUCGGGGGUAUUUAAGAAGUAGUGAUUUGUUCAUUUUUUGUAUUUGCCUAGUUGAGUGUCCCUUUACCGUCUUGAUUCCUUUUCUCCGUCUGCUAACUUGUACGCUAUGCUCAUUCCAACAGAUCCUCAGUCCAGACGAAAUCGAGAGAUAUGUGGCUGAAAUUGAGAAGGAAAAAGAAGAGAAUGAAAAGAAGAAACAGAAAAAGACAUAAUUCUCCUGUUGGAAUCACACUUACUGUGCAUAUUGUUUAGUCUGUGGGAAAUAACUAUUAAAUAAAGUCUUUUUUUUUUUGUAAUUCAGACAUGCCGGAUCUGCUCUCUGUUUACUGAAUUCCAGUGUAAACAAUAAUCGCUAGACUC